CUAUCCGUGAGUCGAGAAGCUCAGGUUUAGCCUCCUCAUCUUUUACAAAUGGCGGCCGGUAAUCGCGACGCCACACUCGAAGAGAAGGAAGGAGAAGGGGCGGCCAUCAAUUGUUGUUCUCCUUUGUUUUUGAAGAGACGGUGGGUUUCUAUUUGUUGCAGACAAAUAUGGCUGGUCCACCAGAACACAACUCAUAUGACACGUUAUAUGAAGAGAAGCCAAGGGGGCUGGCAACGGAACCUCUCCGCCGGGUUUUAGCUAAGGUAGUAAGUUAGGAAAUCACAUGAUUAGAGACACCAAGCUCGAAGCGAUGCGUGGCGUUUAUCUUGGAAGAUAAACGCAGCAGAAUGAUGUGAAACUCUUAGGAUUUAGUUGGCAGAAUGGCCUAGGUCUUCCCACGUCCGUUGCAUUAGAUCAAUUAAGUAAGCUGAUUCAACGUAUAGUAAUGAAGAAGGGCAGUUUUUCAUUAGCCUGUGUUUGUGUAAGAUGUCCGUCGGGUGAGAACUCCGUUAAUUGCAAGGGGAACUACGCGCUGCGAGAAAAGGCAACUCACUCAGCCACGCGAUGGUGAGAUACCCCCUCUAAUAAGUGAUAUCAUUGGAGCUGCUUCAAAACCAUUUUCAACGAACAGCGAUCCAUUAAUACAGUACACAUCUCUAACAGAUUCGAUGUUGGUCAGGAAUUGUGAGGCAUUGAGCCAACAACGAGAUUUCGCUCAUCACUUUCAACCGAAUGGUGUAGGCGCUCCAAUUAGUCCCACUUAAGUACUUAUUUAUUUUUUGAUUACAAAGACGAUCUGCCCCCGCCUUCCCUUUCCCAUUCCCUCUCUUCCAUAACUAUGGCAUGUGUUUUUCGGUUUGAUUAUUUAUGUUCUAGUGCAGGAGUAGCUCCUAAUCUUUGAUUAAUCGCCGUCUAGUCCACACACAUUACAUUCGCCGUCUAGCCCUUUUUACUUAUACAAAAAGAAAACGAAAAGCAAAAGAUUAAGAUUUCAAGUUUGGCUCAUUCGCAUCUGAAACGACACUGGAGAUGGAGAUAGAACACACCUCAGUAUGAUGGGGAGUUACUCCCCGGUCAAUUACUUACGAAGGGUCGACGGUAUUUUCCCACUAGAAGCACAUAGAAGAUGAAACGGCACUCCAAUGGACAAAACAACAUCUGCACACUAAAUUGGAUGUGGUGGGUAUCUUCCGCGUCCUCUUUCACGCAGCACACAAACUUUUUCACAAAAAUAAGAGAAAAACACCAGAAAACUAUGUCUGAGUAAGCAUGCAUUGAAAAUGUUUUGCUUGUUGUCGU